AUGGCUCUGUCCUGCCUGUUCAGAACUGCCAGCCGCAGACGGGAAUUCUGCCCCUCUGGAAAUCUGCCCUGUGUUUCUGAAGGGCAAAGAUUUCUAAUACGCAAUUCAGAUUUAUGCCGUUCCACGACACUUUACACGUGCUCCGCCGCAGCACAGCUGUGGGCCACGAACAAACGUCUUCCUGGUGUGGCCGGUGCCCCGGGAAGGGUCGGGUGCUGCUGGCAGCAGCUGGAGGCACAGCGGCUGCUCUCUACCCAGGGUGCCCGCAGCGGUGAGCACUCCGUGGGCCUCAGCCGCCCCGCGCCGCGCUCCCCCGCUGGACGUCGGAAGCCCCAGCCGCCUCCUUUCCCAAAAAUUACCACGGCAGAAAUGCUUUUUAGCACAGCACCCGGUUCGCCCAGGACUGGAAGUGGGAUCCGCGUCCCUGAAACUGCUAUGCCAACUGAACUCUCCCGGGCCGUGAGAAUGCACGCCAUCUCCGACCUCCACUCCUCCCUCACCCUGCGACUCCUCAACAAGGGGCCCGAGUACCUCCGCAGGCAGAUGGAGGCAGGCAACCCGGGCAGGAAGAGUGCCGUGGAGAGGCUGGCGGCCGAUAAGGCCAAGUACGUAAAAAGCCAGCAGGUAAUCGGCACCAAGCAGGAACCCGUCAUCGUGCUUAGCUCAGCCUCGGAGAGCAGCAGCGAGACCUGUUCGGUGGAGAGCAAAAACAUCAGCAGGGACUUUGGCAGAGGGAAGGGCGCGAAGCCCCUGGAGCUGGCUAAGGCGGUGUACUCCUGCCGUGCCCCCCUGCAACACCCCCCCCCCAUAGCCAGGCGCAGCACCCCCAAGAGGCAGAUGCGGCCGGAUUCCCUGGUGAUUUACCGGCAGAAAUGCGAGUUUGGGAGAGGUCAAAGCCAGGACAGCUCACGGGGGAGCUUGGUGAGGAGGAUCUUCCAAGGGCCUGUGAAGGAGAAGCAGUUGGCUUCCCCUGAGAUGCCCAGAGUCAUGGAGUACACCGCAGCCACCGAGAGCAGUGAGCCUCUCUCAGCAAAACACGGUGACCAUCAGCCGAGCGACCGCGGAGCGGAGCAAACCGUCGCUGGGAGCACCGAAGCCCCAGGGGUAUGUACAAAAGGGCAUGAGAGACCCUCAAAACCAAGUAUACCUCCUGAGGAGGUCAAGGAGGUGAAGAGGAGAGGUCUCCAUCGCUCCCAGUCGGACAUCAGCUCUCGCUACUCCAAGUCCUUCUCCGAGUUCGAUACGUUUUUCAAGUACUGUGGCCUGGAGCAGGAGGUCAUCGAGGAUCUUGGGAGAGAGAACUUCUCCGUGAUGUCCGACAACGUCUCCUUCAAGAUCCGCAGCAUCAGCGUGGCAACAUCUGAGAGCGACUUCACUAGGCACAGCGGGGACGAGGGGCUGCUGGAGGAUGAACUCACAGAGCAGGUCCCGAGCAGCACCUCCGUGAUCGAGCGCAACGCUCGGAUAAUCAAAUGGCUGUACACGUGUAAGAAAGCCAAGGAGACUAACAAGGUGAUCCAGGAGCUGGCAUGA